AUGUACAGACCACCUCCAGGCCCACCCCCAGGCUGGACUCCCCAGGAACAGCAGCAAGAUGAGGCCUACGAUAACCCCCCUCCAUAUCACAACUGGCAAGAACAAGUGCCCGAUACAGCGACAUUGCCGCCGCCGCCGGCGAUGUCGAGAUUUGCUUCCGAGACGGGGAAUGCCUCUGGUGACGAUGCUGAUCGCGCAAAGGACUUUUGUAAUGAGAGGCCAUUAUGGAGGCCGGUCAGGCCCUCGGAACCAAUCUACACAAGCACCCAAUACGGCGACAUUCGUCCCGGCCAACCCAUCGAAUACCGGGGCACUCUCGACACACCCAAUCGCGGCCACUGGCGCAUCCGCAGCGACAAGAACUGUCGCGACUGUAGCAUCAUCUCUCUCUUACCAUUAUACUACGCCAUGCGCGACUCACCUAUGACCACCGAGCGCGCAAAGACAAUCUAUUUCGAGGUUACGAUUAAUAAAUUCCAUCGCCGACCGUUUGGUGGUGAUGCCAGUGGGUUUUCUCUGGGUUUUGUGGCUCAACCGUACCCUUCAUGGCGAUCGCCGGGUUGGGAUCGAGCAAGUAUUGGCGUCUUUUCAGAUGAUGGGUGUAGAUUCGUCAAUGAUAAUCUCGGCGGCAAGGAGUUCACGUCUGCGUUUCGGGUGGGGGAGACGGUUGGCAUAGGAAUGACGUUCAGCCUUCCUGAGACUGCUACUGGUGCGCAGCAGAAACCAGACGUAAGAGUAUUCUUGACGAGGAAUGGUACUGAAGUCGGAGGGUGGGAUUUGCACGAGGAGUUGGAUUCGGAGGCGGAAGGGGUGUACGGCCUGGAAGGCGACUUUGAUCUUUAUGCGGCUGUGGGCGUUUUUGGGGGUGUGGAUGUUGAGGUUAAGUUUGAUCGGGAGAGGUUGAUGGCUAGACAUUAG